AGAAGGUCGCCCCGCGACCCGGCCUCGGCCUUCUGCGCGCGCGCGGGGGUGGUGUUCCCGUGAGGCCGUGCGAGGCGCGGCGGCGGGCUGUUGAGGGGUGAGAGCCGAGCUUUCUGAGGUUCGUCGUAUCUGACUUUGGUUCUUGCGUGAAUGCGGAUGCUGACAGUCAUUCAGGAGAAAUUAUUAUAGAGUCUAAAAAUAUCUUUCCCCCUUCUCUGUGGACUUAACGUAAAAUUAGUUUUGUGUGUAUUUGGAUUCGUUUUCUAAAUAUCAACACUAUAAAGCCUUAUCAGUUACAAAAAAUUUGGGUAGUUAAACCAUGAGUUGUGGAAAGGAGUUUGUGGAAACGUUAAAAAAAAUUGAUUAUCCCAAAGCUGAUAUUCUUAAUGGGGAAGAUUUUGACUGGUUGUUUGAGACUGUUGAGAAUGAAUCAUUUUUGAAGUGGUUUUGUGGGAAUGUGAGUGAACAGAACGUAUUAUCUGAAGAGGAAUUGGAAGCUUUUAGCAUUCUUCAGAAAUCAGGCAAGCCCAUCCUAGAAGGAGCAGCGUUGGAUGAAGUUCUUAAAACCUGUAAAACUUCUGAUUUGAAGACACCUACCCUGAAUGACAAAGAGCUGGAGAAAUUAGAGGAUGAGGUUCAAACUCUGCAGAAAUUAAAGAACCUAAAAAUUCAGCGACGUAAUAAAUGCCAGUUGAUGGCUUCGGUAACUAGCCACAAAUCUCUGAGGUUAAAUGCUAAAGAAGGAGCAGCCAAUAAAAAGCUGAAGCAGAGUCAGCGAAUUCUAAAUGCUGCCAGUACUAAGAUCAGUAAUGAGCUCCACACUCUUACCGAUGGAGUUGCAAAAUUACUGGUGUUCUUCAGACAUUCGAAUUUGGGUCAAGGGACAAAUCCACUGGUGUUUUUAUCUCAAUUUUCAUUGGAAAAAUAUCUAAGCCAAGAAGAGCAAAGCACAGCAGCAUUAACCUUAUAUACCAAAAAACAGUUCUUUCAAGGUGUACAUGAAGUAGUUGAAAGUUCAAACGAAGAAAAUUUUCAACUUUUAGAUAUACAAGCACCCUCUAUUUGUGAUAAUCAAGAAGUUCUUGAGGAGAGACGGCUAGAGAUGGCUAGGCUGCAGCUGGCAUAUAUUUGUGCUCAACAUCAGUUAAUUCACUUGAAAGCAAGAAAUUUGAGCCUGAAGUCAAGUAUAAAAUGGGCAGAGGAGAAUCUUCAUAGCCUCACUAGCAAGGCUCUUGGCAAAGAUAUUUUGGAUGCUAAAAUUUCUAGCUUGAACAGUGAGAUUCUGAAACUUGAAGAACAAAUCACUCAUAUAAAAGACAAAAUUUUGCCUGCUGUGGUAAAAGAGAAUGCCCAGUUAUUGAAUAUGCCAGUUGUAAAGGGAGAUUUCGAUCUGCAGAUUGCUAAACAAGACUAUUACACAGCAAGACAAGAGUUAGUUUUAAAUCAGUUGAUAAAGCAAAAGGCAUCAUUUGAACUUGUACAAUUAUCAUAUGAAAUUGAAUUGAGAAGGCAUUGGGACAUAUAUCGUCAGCUUGAAAACUUGGUUCAAGAACUUAGUCAAAGUAAUUUGAUGCUGCACCAGCAAUUAGAAAUGCUGACAGACCCAUCAGUAUCUCAGCAGAUAAAUCCAAGGAAUACCAUUGAUACCAAGGAUUAUUCUACUCAUAGGCUUUAUCAACUUUUAGAAGGAGAGAAUAAGAAAAAAGAAUUGUUUAUAACCCAUGGAAACCUGGAAGAAGUGGCUGAGAAAUUAAAACAGGACGUUUCUUUGGUACAAGAGCAGUUAGCAGUAUCUGCUCAAGAGCAUUCUUUCUUUCUGUCCAAACUAAAUAAUGAUGUGGACAUGCUUUGUGAUGCUUUGUAUCAAGGAGGAAAUCAGCUUUUGCUUAGUGAUCAGGAGUUAAUGGAGCAGUUUCAUCAAGUUGAAUCUCAACUAAAUAAGCUAAAUCAUCUUCUUACUGAUAUUCUUGCUGAUGUGAAGACAAAAAGAAAAAUUUUGGCAUCUAAUAAACUGCAUCAAAUGGAAAGAGAAUUAUAUGUAUAUUUUUUAAAAGAUGAAGAUUAUCUGAAAGAUAUUGUGGAGAAUUUAGAAAACCAGUCAAAGAUUAAGGCUGUUGGUCUUGAAGAUUGAAAAUGAAAUAUUUACUGCACGUGCUGUGUUUUAAUGUUUUAUAUAUUAGGAGGAGAAUAUAGCUAAUAAACACUAUGAAAAUUUUAAAUUCGAGGUCAAUGGAACAUUUCAUUUAAUGAAUUCAAGUAUUAUAUCAAUUUGGUUUAUUAUAUGUUUGUUCAAAGUACCAGUGCUUUUUAUGACUUGAACAUUUGCUUGGUGGCACUUAGUCCUGGUAACUUUUAAGUUAUAGGGAAAAAGCAUUAUUAUAUAAUGCAAAUAUUUUUUACAGAGUUAAUUGUAUCUCUCAUUUUAUUUUUUUAGAGAUAGAAAUUUCUGCUGUUAAAUAUUUUACAAAUUUGUAGGACUUUGAAUCAGCAUUGUUAAAGCUGUAGACCUUAAUAAAUGGAAUAGUUAAGUCUC